CACGAUUUUUGCAGGACGUAAUGUAUAUAUAUCAGCAACGUGUCACUCCACCAUCUGUUCAUUCGUGUCCCAAGAUUCUCCGGCAUUGCGCAAUUCAAACCGCCUCCAAGUGUUGAACACAAUGAACGCAACCUCAGCUAUCAACCAGCUCCGACAGGGCCAGAAGCCAGAAUGGCCGAUCAACGCUAACUCGCACGAGUUCGCACAGUCUCUGGACAGCAGCAAUGAAAUUCUCAGAACCUUCAGAGAUGAGUUCGUUGUUCCCACAAAAGCUCAGCUUGCACGGAAGCAGCUGAAGGACGACGCAAAGACCGCAGCAACAGCCAAGAGCGUGGAUGACGAGGGCAUUUAUUUUUGCGGUAACUCGCUCGGCCUUCAACCCAAGGCUGUCGGCGAGCACCUGAAUGCCUAUUUGAAGACUUGGGGAUCAAUCGCUGUUGGCGGCCACUUCACAAACUUUGAGGACUCACCAUUACCCGCAUAUCAGGACCUUGCCGCACAAUGCUCGCAGCAAAUGGCCGACAUCGUCGGCGCAGCUCCCUCAGAGAUUGUUGCCAUGAACACGCUGACCAUCAACCUCCACCUAAUGAUGGCUGCAUUCUACAAGCCCACAGAGAAGAAACACAAGAUCAUGUGCGAGUGGCGACCUUUCCCCAGUGACUGGUACGCCAUCGAAUCGCAGAUUGAAUGGCACGGCCUUGACCCGAAGAAAUCGAUGCUGACCGUCGAGCCGGACGAAGGCUACUUGAUGACAACAGAGCACAUCUGCAAAUUGAUCACCGACAACGCUGAUGAGAUCGCCUUGGUCCUUCUCCCUGGUAUCCAGUACUACUCAGGCCAGCUUCUUGACAUUCCCACCAUCACUGCUCACGCUCACAAAUAUGGACUCACCAUCGGCUGGGAUCUUGCCCACGCCGCCGGAAACGUGGAACUUAAGCUGCAUGAGUGGGACGUUGACUUCGCUUGCUGGUGCACUUAUAAGUAUAUGAACUCUGGAGCCGGCGCAGUCGCAGGGGCUUUCGUACAUGAGAAGCACGGCAACAACGAGCACAACGUUGGUCUCAAGGGAUGGUAUGGCCACGACAAGUCAUCUCGCUUCCUAAUGGACAACAACUUCAAGCCCACACCUGGCGCACAGGGUUUCCAAUGCUCAAACCCCUCUAUCGUGGAUUUGACAUGCUUGUCUGGCAGCUUGAGCGUGUUCAACAAGACCACGAUGGCCGAUCUACGAUCAAAGUCCCUUCUGCUCACAGCGUACGCGGAACAUCUCCUCUCCGCCAUCGCAACACGUAAUAUCAAAGACGGCGAAUUUCCCUUCAAGAUCAUCUCGCCCUCGGACCCGCUUUUCCGUGGCGCUCAGCUUAGCGUCCUGCUGCAGGAGGAUUUGAUGGAGGAUGUGGCAGCGGCACUCGAGAAGAACAGCGUCAUCUGCGACAAGAGAAAGCCUGGCAUCAUCCGCGUGGCGCCUGCACCGCUGUACAACACAUUUGCAGACGUGCAGAAGUUCAUGGAGAUCUUCGAGAGUGCGCUACAACCGAAGACAGAGCAGAGUGAAGGAAAAGAGGGGAGUAUCAACGCAAACAUUGAGGCACGGCUAUGACGAAAGAAAUGAAUCAACCAUAGUUUAGCGUUUAGUAAUGCAUUUGAUACCAUCCA